GGCUACUGUUUGGUCACACAGCUGAGAGCUGCAGACUUAGAUCGAAUGCUGUCUUCUUCUAGAAAUACUUUCACAUUUCUCACAUUGACCAACAAGAGACAGACAACGUUAACGCCGAGAUUCUAGUUUUAUGGAAAUGUGUGCUGCUGUCUACGUCCUGUCCACUGUAACUGGCUAUGUGCUCACCUCUGCGCUACUUUUGAAAUGCCCCAACCUCUUACACCGGAGGAAACGAGAGCUUUUCCUCAGCCGGCACAUCUCCCAUCGAGGAGGAGCAGGGGAAAAUCUUGAAAACACCAUGGCAGCUUUUAAGCAUGCUGUGGAUGUUGGCACAGAUAUGCUGGAGUUGGACUGUCACCUGACUAAAGAUGAACAGGUCGUGGUGUCACAUGAUGCAAACCUUCGGAGGGCUACUGGCAUCAAUGCCUACAUCUCUGACAUGGCAUACAAUGAGCUGCCCCCAUACUUCUGCAAAUUGGACGUCACAUUUCAAAGAGAGUGUUAUUGUGCCGGAGGAGAUGACAAAAGGAUCCCUCUUCUUCAAGAUAUUUUUGAUGCCUUUCCUGAUACUCCAGUUAACAUUGACAUCAAGGCUAACAAUGACCUUCUCAUUAAGAAGGUUUCUGAUCUUGUAAUCAAGUAUGACAGAGAGAAUCUAACUGUUUGGGGAAAUGCCAGUAACCAAGUUGUUAAAAAGUGUUACAAAGAGAACCCACGUAUCCCAGUGUUGUUUAGUCUGCCAAGAGUGCUGCAGCUGUUAGGGCUUUUUUACACAGGCCUUCUACCUUUUGUUCCACUCAAAGAACAGUUCCUAGAGAUCCCCAUGCCUUCCAUUCUCACCAAGAUGAAGGAUCCCAGUGGCUUAACCCGAAGUCAGAGAUUCAUCAUCUGGUUAGCCGAUACCUUGCUGAUGAGAAAAGCCCUGUUUAAUCAUUUGACUGCAAGAGGAAUACAGGUGUACAUCUGGGUGCUGAAUGAUGAGGAGGACUUUCAGAGGGCAUUUGACUUAGGAGCCACCGGGGUUAUGACAGAUUUUCCCACACGACUUAGAGACUUCAUGGACAAGAAUGGCAUUUCAAAACCUGAAUGACCUGCUGCCAAGAGCUACCUCAAAGCUCCACUAAUUAUCCUUCAGACUGGCGGGCCUACCACGCCAGACCCUUAAACUACCACACCUACAGUAUUUGUCCUGCAUGCAUUCCAGCAAUUUACUGCUCGCCUUAGUGUCAAUGUGACCAACCUGACCGGGGUUAUUACUUUAAUAACUUUAACGAGUUUAUUUUUAAUACUAGUGGGUGUUUGCUUUACAGCCACUCUUACAUUUUCAUUUUAAACUAUUUCAUUACAUUUUGGUGUGUUCUGUGCACUUUUGAAUAUGCGUCAUUAUUAAAUUUAAUAUUUGUAGUUUAAAAAAAAUAAUAACUUAAAGGUGCACCAUAUAGCUUUUCUGGAGAGUCUGCAACCCGUUUGUCUCCAUGGAGAUGUUAAUAUUUAGUCUGGAAUGUUGAUUGAUGUAUUGCAAGUUACAGAUCAGGAAGGCAAGAUUUAUUGAAUGAGAAAUUAUUGAAGUACGAAUGCAUGUUUUUGAGAAAUGUAAUCAUUUGUAACUGAGUAAAUACAAGAUGGUAGGUUUAAUUACAUACUGUGGAACACUGCAGACAAUACAUUCCCAUGGAGACAGGAAGGUGGCAUACCCCCAUCAGACAACUUUAUGUACCUUUCACUGCUGCCACUUGUACUUGAAUGGAGAUAUAAGAAAUAUCCUACUGAAGUUACUUUGUUUUGUUUAUCUUCCAAUUUUUUUUAAGUAUCUCUAGAAAGGAGCGUAUUGGAGUUUAAAGUAUUUGUGAAUUAGCCUGUUAGGGUGUCUAUAGUAAAAGAAUAAUAAAAUCUGUCAACUGCACAAAACGUUGUAGGAGUGAGGAUGUUUUGAUUGGUUGACAGAUUUUAUUUUUCUUUUACUAUGGAUCAGACCUGGACGACUGAGGGAUUACACAGAUAUCUGUUAAGGUGUCAGUAUUGAACUAAAUCAAUGUCAUGUGUCCCUUCUACAGUUUGUAAAAUGUGUUUGUUCAUUGAAUAGUCUGUUCAUUUUCAAGUAAAUCAACCAAUAUUUGCACAAAAUUAACAACUUGUUUGUGUAUUUUAUAAAUUAAUGUGUUAAUUCAACAGAGCUGAUUUCUGAAAAAUUGAGACUAUAUAUUUUAUCCAAAUGUGCUGUGUAGCAAAUGAGUUCUACUGAAUGUAAAGUGUUUUAUAUACUUGAAAAAAUAAAUUUUGUUAUUCAUAUAAUCAU